AUGGGUGAAUUGAGUAGCUCAUCGGGGUCACUGCCGGUCCCAAGCCCGGAUAAAGGAGGAGGGUUCACAAGUGAGGCUAGCAACCUACUUGUGGUAAAAACAAUUAAUGCUCCUAGGACUAACAAUGUUGCCUCGGACAGGAUUGAUCAAUCGGAUAACGACACGGCGAGAAAGAGGAGAAAACGAUUAAGGAAACUGAAUAUAUUGCGGAUAGGAUGCUGGAAUGUGACAUCUUUUAACGAGAAGGAUCAAGAGAUAUUGAUAGAGAUCAAAAGACACAAAGUUGACAUAUGUGCUCUUUCGGAAACAAAAAAGAAAGGUAAAGGCAACAUCAAAUACGAAGACUACAUUUUCAUAUAUAGCGGGAAAGGAAAGCACGAAAGAGCUACAUCGGGAGUCGGCUUGAUGGUACAUGGAAAACUCGAAGCGAACAUAGAAAAUGUCAUAUAUGUCAAUGACAGGAUACUGCAGGCAAUAUUUAAAUUUCAGGACACGAGUAUUACACAUAUUAUAAGCGUAUAUUCACCGGAUAUAUCUAAGCCCUCAGAAGAGAAAGAUGCCUUCUAUGAAGACCUGCAAAGGGUACUCGACGGAAUACCAGGAAAGGACGAAAUCAUGCUGCUCGGAGACUUCAACGCUAGACACAGCUUCACGUUCGAAAACUCAAGAGGUCAAAAAUCAGUAAUAGUAGUAAUAACUAACAAAAACGUCCAUCCAUCGAAAAUACUCGACGUGAGAGUCUUGAGCUCAGCUAACACCAUAACCAACCACAACCUCGUCCUAGCGAAAAUCAGGAACAAAGUACAAAGAGAGCGUAGAACCCAAGCCAUUCAAACUGAAAAGCUUAACAUUGAAUCGCUGUCAAAUGAUUCAACAAAAGAUCUAUAUCAGAGGAGACUAGCACUACAGAUAAACAACAACAAGAUCAGGGAAGCUGAUGACGUCGAAUCCGCUUGGAAAAAACUGAGGACGAACAUCAUCACAGCCGCAGAAGAAGCCCUGGGACGAAGGAGAACCACUUAA